UAUAGCGAAUGGAGGUCUACAGAGCUGUUGUCUUCGUCUUGCUCUUCGUCUUCUCGACGCUUUCCGCAGGCGACGCUCUUGCCUAUGAAACUCCGAAAAAUGAGCUGAAUGUUGCUUCUGCCUCGAUGGGAGACACGUACUACGCAGUGUUAGUCAACCUUAUGUCGGGCUACUGGACGGACGUCUUCCAGUCUCCCGGCUGUUCACCGGUGCCGGUCUUCAUCGCCCGUUUGGCGCACGCGUGCGGGGUAAACAGUGAUGGAUUUAAAAACUUCUACUGCGAGUUUCUUUCCUUUGCGAGUCCAUCGUUGCAAGCAAGUUCUCCGUUUUGCGAGUCCAAGAGAAAGAGGAGAACACUCCAUCAGAAUACAUCUUCAUCUGAUAAACGAAAAAGGCGAUUUCGUAGAAGUACGACUAUAAGUCAGGAAUGCUGCGGAACAGGAAAUUACUGCCCAAUGACAGUCAUAGCCGACUACUGCCACGUCAAUUAGUAACGAAUCAAAAGUCACGUGAUUUGACUUUUGUCAAUAUUAGUAAUGAAAACUAUCACAAUGAGUGUUUAGCGUCUCGUCUUAAUCUACUUUCUACGUCUAGUUCUUCUGGUCUAAUUGCAUUGAAGAAAAUUAGCAAGAGUAGUUGAGCUUCACAUAAUGUACUAGCUGCAGUUGCGGUACUGGUUACAUGCAGUCAAUGAGAUUUACAAAGA